UGUCUUGGUAUGUUGUUGGUAGGAUUUUGGGUGUAAAUAGUGUGUUAGAUUGGUGAGUCCUAGAUUUGCGUUUGCUAUAGUUGUCGAUUCCUCCUUUGAUAUUAUUUGAUUCCCAGGAGGAUUUGCAAUCACCAAAAAAGGAAAAUAAAGAAAGAAAAAAAAAAGAUAAAUCAAACAAAAAAGAAACCAUUUUUAAUUUGAUUAGAAUUAAACAUAAAAACAAUCCCAAUCAACCCCCAAAUUUUACGUGGGUCUUUUUUUUCUUUUCUUGUUACCAAUACUCUUCACUUAAAUUUCUUCAUUUUUUGGACAAAUUCUAGUGAUCAGUGUUCUGGUGCCGAAGGAUAGGAAUUUUUUUUAUUGUUAAUUUUGGUUUUGUGAGAAAGAGAAAGAAUUAAUCCUUAUAGGAGGAGGUUUUUUUUUUUUUUUUUGGGUUGGUUGUGGAGGCAUUGGCUUUGUUCUAUGUGGGUCAUUGCAUCUUUAUAUGGGAAUACCUGACAGUUCUCUACUAGAUCUAAUAGAAAAGCUUAGGAAUUGGGUUUCUUGGGGAGGAAGUGAUUUGUCUUGUUUGUCUGAGAAAUUUGAUAUGCUCAACAGUGGCUGCAAAAUGUGUUGCGAGUGCAAUAGAAACCUCACUGAAAUUGCACAGCAGAAGUACAAUUGCAAGAGUUGUGGCCGGUGGUUGUGUGCCAAAUGCGUCCGGGGUUAUGAUCUUGUUCCGAAUGCUGAAUCUGGCAACAAUGGAUUCGGGGAAACCACCAUAAGGUCUUGCAAGUUCUGUUCAGGUGCUAAUAAUAAUAACAGUAAUAGGGUGUUGAAGUAUAGUGAGAAAGUGCAUCCUUCAGCUUCUCCACAAGAGAGUCCAAGGCAGAGUCCUGAGCCACCUUCGCCAUGUUUUAGUGUUGAGAGUGAGAGAAUUAGUUCUCCAAUCAAUACUGAGUUGAAUCAGGGAAAUCACUUUGAAAGAUAUCUCCAUGACCAUGACUGUGGUUAUUAUCCUCAAUCCAUGACAAGGAGGAUGAGCUCGUCUGGUACUCUAGCAUCUUCGGUAUCAAUUCAUCAAUCUACCAUCAGGAGUGAUGAAGAAGAGAUUGAGGAUUCUGCCAAGCACUUUCAUAGGCGAUCACGUACAUAUUGUGACAAUUAUUCAGAUAUAGAUUCAAGUAGCUUUAGUGCUAGACAUGACACUUACAACUAUAAUUCUGUGGGGUCAAGUCCUUCAGAUAGCCCUUCUAGGAAUGAUUUUACUUCUAGUCGGGUUGGGCUCCUUGUACAGAAGGGGCAAGAGAAAAUCCCUGGCUCGCAACAUGAUGGUCCCUUUGGUCAACAAAGCACGGCUGUAUUAAGAAAGCCUGAACAAGGGACUGAUUAUGCAUAUAAUACUGCUUAUUUUUCUGAUGACUUGUCAAUUUUCCGGAAUCAGAAUGAGAAUUCACAGAGGCCAUUGGAUUUUGAAAACAACGGUCUUAUCUGGUUCCCGCCAGCACCUGAAGAUGAAAAUGACGAUGCCGAAAGCAAUUUUUUCGCAUACGACGAUGAGGAUGAUGAUAUUGGUGACUCUGGUGCCAUCUUCUCAUCCAGUAGCAGUUUAUCUAACAUAUUUCCCACAAAGGAGAAGCAAAAUGAGGGAAAUAAAGAACCUUUAAAAGCUGUCAUACAGGGGCAUUUUAGAGCUCUUGUUUCGCAGCUUUUACAAGGAGAGGGAAUUAAACUUGGUAAGGAAAAUGAUCCUGAGGACUGGCUUGACAUAGUGGCAACGAUUGCGUGGAAGGCUGCUAACUUUGUCAAACCAGAUACUAGCCGAGGCGGCAGUAUGGAUCCUGGCGAUUAUGUAAAGGUCAAAUGUGUAGCAUCUGGAAGCCCGAGUGAGAGCACCCUUAUAAAAGGAGUUGUUUGUACAAAAAAUAUUAAGCAUAAGCGCAUGACCUCUCAAUACAAAAAGCCUAGGCUACUCCUUUUAGCAGGAGCACUGGAGUAUCAGAAGGUUCCGAAUCAACUUGCUUCUUUUGAUACAUUGUUGCAGCAGGAAAAUGAUCAUCUCAAGAUGAUAAUUUCAAAAAUUGAAGCUCUUCGACCAAAUGUUUUGCUGGUAGAAAGAAGUGUAGCUUCAUGUGCUCAGCAAUAUUUGCUAGCAAAGGAAAUCUCCCUGGUGUUGAAUGUUAAAAGGCCUUUGCUCGAGCGAAUAGCUCGCUGCACUGGUGCUCAUAUCACGCCAUCAGUGGAUAGUUUAUCCAAAGCACGAGUGGGCCACUGUGAUCUGUUCCGCUUAGACAAAAUGGUUGAAGAUCAUGAGGCUGCUACUAAUUUUCAAAAGAAGCCAUCCAAAACAUUGAUGUUUUUUGAAGGUUGUCCUCGGCGAUUGGGAUGUACUGUUUUACUGAAGGGAACGAACCGUGCAAAUCUAAAGAAAAUUAAACAUGCUGUGCAAUUUGCAGUUUUUGCAGCUUAUCAUUUAUCUCUUGAGACCUCAUUCCUUGCUGAUGAAGGUGCUACCCUUCCCAAAAUGAUAGUAAAGCACUCAAUGGACAUGCCUGAGAUUGCAGCAAUUGAUGCUGAUAUUUCUAACUCACUCCCUUCAACCAUGUGCCACUCGGAGGCUGAUGCUGAUCUUGAUUCUAAAAAGCUUGGAAGUUUGGACUCACCAUCAAAGCAUCUUGAUGACCAUAAUUUUCAUUCAUACACAAGCACCAUGGUGGAUUAUAGUAGUACUGAGAAUGUACUCUCAGAUUCAUGCUGUAGUAAUUUAACUUCUAAUCUGACUGCGCGACCAGACUAUUUGAAUAAUUGUAAUGAAUUGGAGGGGGACACUUUGUUCAGCACAAGGGACCUUUCGCAAGAAGAAUUGCAAGAAACCAUGGUUCAAGAGGAGAGGGAGCAUGGUGAAGUUGUUGACAUGACAAGAGACAAGGUUAAUGAGGACGAGUUCUCAGGUGAAUACUUUUCUGCCACAGAGAGUAAUCAGAGCAUAUUGGUGUACUUCUCCAGUCAUUGUGUAUCAAAAGGGACAGUAUGUGAACGCAAUAGGUUGCUGCGCAUAAAAUUCUACGGCUCUUUUGAUAAGCCACUUGGGAGGUAUCUUCGUGAUGAUCUCUUUGAUCUGACAUCUUGCUGCCAGUUUUGUAAAGAGCCAGCUGAUGCACACGUCCUUUGUUUUACACACCAACAGGGAAAUCUUACAAUCAAUGUGAGGCGCCUUCCCUCGGUGAAAUUACCAGGGGAAAAAGAUGGUAAGAUUUGGAUGUGGCACCGAUGUCUCAGGUGUCCUCUCAUAGAUGGAGUUCCACCAGCAACUCUCAGAGUUGUUAUGUCGGAUGCUGCUUGGGGGUUGUCUUUUGGAAAGUUUCUGGAACUUAGCUUUUCAAACCAUGCAACUGCUAAUCGGGUUGCAACCUGUGGACAUUCUUUGCAGAGGGACUGCCUCCGUUUUUACGGGUAUGGGAGUAUGGUUGCUUUCUUCCGGUAUUCCCCUAUUGAUAUUCUAUCUGUCCAUCUGCCCCCAUCUGUGUUAGAAUUCGGCCACAAUCAAGAGGACUGGACUAGAAAGGAGGCAGGAGAGCUUUUUCGGAAAGUGGAAACAUUGUAUGUGGAGAUAUCGGAUGCACUUGAUCGGCUUGAAAGAAGUGUUAGCUCUCAUGGCAUGGGAAAUGAGCUGUCAGAUACGUGCGAAAUUCAUCACCACAUACUGGAGCUGAAAGAUAUGCUUCAAAGAGAUAGAAAAGAUUAUCAUAAUGUGCUACUAUCAACUUUAGAGACUCCGCUACCGGGGAAGAUGGCUGUAGAUAUUCUAGAACUAAAUCGCUUGAGACGUUCACUUCUAAUUGGUUCAUAUGUCUGGGAUCACCGAUUAUACUCGUUGGACUCUCUUAUCAAAAGAAGUCGUCGUUUCAAGGGUAAACAGGAAAAUGAAUCAUGCCCAGAGGUUAAAGAACCAAGCAUUGAUUCUUUUCACAAGGAUCGGAAUGUGGAUAAUGUAUCUCAGCAAGAUAAUCAUCGGCCUUUAAAAUUGCAUGAGCCCGAUGAAGUUCAUAUGGUUGGAGAACCUGAUGACUCACUUGGACCUUGUACUUCUGAAGCAUUAACAUGCCAUCUUGAUGAAGAGGCACACUCGGAUGGUGAAGUUGUUGUCAACAGAGCAUUAUCCGAGUGCUUUCCGCACAGGGAAUCCAAUCUUUCUGAGAAAAUAGAUUUUGCGUGGACUGGGACAGGAACCGAGCAACCUUAUACAAAAGUUGAACCACUUCAUACAGCACAAUCCAGUGUUUUACCAGCAGGAUCCGUUCGGCAUUCUUUUCCAAAUGAUAACCCUCCUUUUAGAAGGUUGAUGCAACCAAUCAGAGUUCAUUCUUUUGAUUCAGCAUUAAGAGUCCAGGAAAGAAUCAAGAAAGUCUUGCCCUCCUCAUUACAUUUAUCAACACUCAGAUCUUUUCAUGCUUCCGGAGAAUACAAGAAUAUGGUUAGGGACCCUGUCUCUAAUGUUUUUCAAAGUUACUUUCAAAUGUUGCCGUGGGAGGCACAGAGACUAAAUUUGAUACUGAGCGCCACACCAUCAUUCAUCUCCUCGUGUUCUCACAUAGCCGAAGGUGCUCGGUUGCUGCUUCCCCAAACACAUAAUGGUGACAGAGUUAUUGCUGUUUAUGACAAUGAAUACUCUAGCAUAAUAUCCUAUGCUCUUAGCUCUAAGGAACAUGAAGAUUGGGUUUCUGGGAAGUCGGACCUGCAAGAUGCUAGCUUGACUGCUGCUCGCGAGAAAAGCAGAGAAGAUUUGGCUACAUCUAGCUUUAAUGCAUGGGGUUCUCUGGACUUGGAUUAUAUCAAUUAUGCUAGUUAUAUGUCCGAAGAUGCUACAUCUUCCCUUGGUUCUCUUAUCCGGGACCCCAAGAAAUCUUUACACUUUCAGAUUUCUUUUGGUGAUGACUCUUUGGGUGCUGGAGGUAGAGUGAAUUUUUCUGUCACUUGCUAUUUCGCGAAGCAGUUCGAAGCACUUAGGAAAAAGUGCUGCUCCAAUGAAGUUGAUUUCGUGAGAUCUUUGAGCCGUUGCCAGAGAUGGAGAGCACAAGGAGGGAAAAGUAAUGUAUACUUCGCCAAGUCGUUGGACGAAAGGUUCAUUAUUAAACAAGUCACGAAGACGGAAUUGGAUUCUUUUGAGGAAUUCGCUCCGCAAUACUUCAAAUACCUUAUGGAUUCCUUGAACCCGGGAGGGCCGACUUGCCUUGCCAAAAUUCUUGGUUUAUAUCAGGUCACUAUCAAAUACCCUAAAGGUGGGAAAGAAACCAGGAUAGAUGUAAUGAUAAUGGAGAAUCUCUUUUACAACAGAAAGAUAUCCAGGGUAUAUGAUCUGAAAGGGUCAGAAAGAUCUAGGUACAAUCCAGAUACAACAGGCACUAACAAAGUGAUGCUGGACAUGAACCUGUUAGAAGCAUUGAGGACGAAACCCAUAUUUCUUGGUAGUAGGGCUAAGCGAAGACUCGAGAGAGCCGUAUGGAAUGACACAUCCUUUUUAGCAUCUGUUGAUGUUAUGGACUAUUCGUUGCUGGUCGGGGUGGACGACGAGCGCAAGGAGCUGGUUCUCGGGAUCAUUGACUUCAUGAGACAGUACACUUGGGACAAGCAUUUAGAGACAUGGGUUAAGGCUUCCGGAAUCCUUGGCGGUCCGAAGAACGCUGCCCCGACCAUAGUCUCACCGAAACAAUACAAGAAGAGGUUCCGGAAGGCCAUGACGACAUACUUCCUCACCUUACCAGAGCAGUGGUCAUCUUGAAAGCUAGGUUGUAUAAUAUAUUAAUAUUGUUGUUGUUUCACAUUCGUUUCCUAACACACAAACGGUGGUUAGGGCAAAGGAAGCAUUGGUGACUUUGGACACUCUUAGCUUUGUUUUGCAAUUUCUUUUUUAUUUUCUUUUCUUGAAUUGGUAUACCAAUACAAAAUGUGAAUGCUACAAUAAUUAUAUAUGAAUAAUUUGAUUAAUGUCUAUAAUGACAUGAUAUCUCUUAAGAGUA